AUGCAUGUGAGUGAGAAUGCAUUUCAACCUCUGCGAUCUCCUCCAUCCAAUCAGGUUGAGAGUGAAGUUAUGCCAAACUACAACUGGGACGAAUUUGAAGAAUCGGCUUCUGAGAGUGAAAAUGAAUUUGAUCAAGGAGAAGGAAGUGAUACUGCUGUGAAGAAAGCAACACUUCGACAUCGAAUCAUUAUUCCAAAUUGGCCAGAAUCGAGGGAGUUUGAUGAGAAGUCUGAUUUAGCUCCUGUGACAGAUGCUGAUGGAAUACGACAUCUGGUAAAGGGACCAGUUCUUCCUCGAGACGUUUGGCAUGAUGCAAAGGGGUUCAGAUACAUUGUCAAGCUCAAUGAGUUCAACCAAUCUAUUCGAAAAGGUGGGAAGAUCCUUGUGAGCUUCCUUGGAGAUAUUGCAAAAAAUGAUUCACUUUGUCCAGUGGGAGUCCCAAGUUGGCGUGCUGUGAACAAUCAGUUAAAAACUAAUGUUGUUACAAUGAUUCGGAAACAUUUUGUGUUACCUGAUGGACCUCUAGUUAACAAGGCACUAGUGAUGCGUAUUGACAAACCAUGGAACAAUCAUCGAUACAAAUUGAAGAAGGAUUUUUUCGAUCCAGUGAAUAAAUCUCGAGAAGAGAACUAUGCCAACGUGCCUGAUGGAGUGUCCACUAGGAGUUGGACGGAAUUGGUAGAUUAUUGGCUUUUACCAGAGGCCAUGGAAAAAUCUGAAAUGGGAAAAAAUGCUCAAGCUUUACAAGACAAUAAGCACAACAGUGGUGCUACAAGCUUUGCUAAUCGAAGAGUUGAUAUGAAAGAGAAGAAAGGAGUGUUUAGCGAAUUGGCAUUUUUCAAAUCAGUUUACGCCAAAGAAGAUGGAAGCUUUAAAGAGGGCACACUUCCUCAUCAAUUUGUGGAGGAUGCCAACAAAAAGGUCCAAGAAAAUCUUGCGAGUUCCUCUUCUUCAAAGCCCGUAAUUGAAAUUGAGAAUGCAAUCUUUAAUGAGCUCAUGAAUAAAGGUGAAGUACCUAAACGUCCUCUGAAUUAUGGAUUUGGAGUGAAGCAAAGCGACAUCUUUGGAGUGGAAGGUUUCCUGAGGAAAGAAGGGUCAAGCUAUGUUAACAACAAUGCUAUGGAAGUGGAGAACAUGAAAGGUGAAAUAUCAGUUGUCAAGAAGCAAAAUGAGGACCUUGCGCAACAAAAUCAAGUUCUGAACACCAAGUUUGAAGAAACAACACAAUCAUUUAAAAUGAUUGCUUCUUUUUUGGGACAAGUUUUGAAGGAAGUACGCAAAGGGAAUGUUUCAUCGAACCUUUUAGAUGGUGCGGAAUCAGCAAUAAAUAUGAUUACUGAUGAUUCUGGUGGCAAUGGUGACAACCAGGCCGAGAAAUGAGACUUUGACACUAUUGCCAAAUGCAAGAUUAUUGAUGAUUCAAGUGGUAAUAGUAAAUGUAGAUCAAGAGAUGAACAAGUUAUCUUGAAGCUAAGCUAGCAUAAGGAUAGGUUUACUUGUUCGUAACCUUGUUUUUAUUUAGUUUUGGACUAUCUUGUAGAAAAAAUGAUAAUGCUAGUUAGAAAGUUAUUUU